AAAUAUUUUCUUCUAGCUAGUUCUUAUUAACAGCUCUGCCUUUGCCCUUUCGAGUAUUCGAAGCCACGCUAGUCCCCGUGUUACCUGAUGCUUGACUUACCGUCUCCCGGUUGUCAGAGGUUCCUGACGGGCCAACCGACCCUGAUCGAGCUGGUCACCUAAGUAGCCUUGGAAAGCAGCUCGGCAGACGAUUUGAGCGGACUGGGUCGAUGGAGGAUCUCAACCGUGCUGUUGAUGUCGCCGACAUGGCAGUCAAAGCUACUCCGCAGGACCCACCCUAAUCGAGCUAUUUACUUAAAUAGCCUCAGAAAGCUGCUCGGGAGACGAUUUAUGCGGACUGGGUCAAUGGAUGAUCUCAACCGUGCCCUCUCAUAUUUCAAGAAAAGCUGGGCUUGCUGCAGUUCCGCUCCAUCUAUACGUAUUUCCUCGGCUCAGUUCGCAGCCAUUAUUCUUACCACCCAGUUGAAUUGGGAAGACUCAAGUGUGUUACUUCAGGGUGCUGUGGAACUUCUUCCGUUUGUGAGCGUCCGCUCACUUGAACAUACUGACAAGCAGCAUAUGCUCGCACAAUUCACGGGUCUGGCCUCUGCAGCUGCCGCCGCUGCUCUGAAAGCUGGGAAAUCUGCCUCCCAAGCUUUACGGCUUCUCGAGUUGGGUCGCGACAUCAUCGCUGGCCUGCUGAUGGAGAUGCGUGGAGAUAUCACGGACUUAAAAGAGCAGUACCCUCAUCUCGCAGACGAAUUUAUACAUCUUCGUGAAGAGCUCGACUCGCCAGUAGAUGAGAUGAUCUCUUCGGCCCUUACCAAUGGUAGAGCCUCGAUUGAUUCACGGGUGAAGCGACGCUACGAAGCAGACCAGAGGUUUGAAGAGCUAAUCAAAGAGAUUCGUACUCAACCCAAAUUCUGUAACUUUCUACUUCCACCUAGUGCAGAGGGGAUGAUGGCGGCUGCUAAGCCAGAUCCGAUUAUCGUCAUCAAUAUGAGCGCUCAUCGCUGUGAUUCGUUCCUCGUUGAGCCGGAACCUUUACACAUAUCCAAACUGCUAGAAUGGCUGUGGAACGUUGUCUCUCGCCCGAGCCUAGAGGCACUGGGCUUCGCAAAUGCCCCAAAGGACGAUUUUCCCCGAGUCUGGUGGAUUCCUACUGGGCCCCUCAGCCAUCUGCCACUCCAUGCUGCGGGACGCCACAUGGACGGGUCAUCUGAGACAGUGCUUGACAGGACUAUGUCGUCGUAUGCCUCGUCCAUCAAGGCAUUAAUAUAUGGUCACCGACGCCACCGCUCGACACAAUCUCAAAGCGACCAUGGCGUCUUGGUCGCCAUGCAGGAAACACCGGGCCUGGCUGCCAGCCAAACGCUUCCAUAUGCAGCAGUUGAAGUCGAGAAUCUGAAAAAGUUCUGCCCAGAGCUUGGACUGAAGCCAAUCUCACCAAGCCUGUGUAAGGCCGAUGUUCUGGACUGCCUGCGGCAGUGUCAGAUAUUCCACUUUGCCGGCCACGGGCUUUCACAUCCCACAGAGCCUUCACGAAGCUGUCUGCUUUUGGAGGAUUGGGAAAGCAAGCCGUUGAGAGUCGGAGACCUUCGUGACCUUAAUCUCCAGAAGAAUCCUCCGUUUCUUGCCUAUCUCUCGCCUUGUUCGACAGGGGCGAAUGAGGUGUACACGCUUGUUGAUGAGGGAAUUCAUCUCGUGAGCGCAUUCCAGCCUGCAGGUUUCCGCCACGUCGUUGGAACACUCUGGGAAGUGUCAGACAUCACUGCGUCGAGAGCACAGUAUGUCGAGGACUCCACCAAGCCAUUCGAAAGCUGCGAGACGACGGGAUCACAAGAGGAGAAAAAGCAAGAGAUGCCAAACUACCAGAUAUGA